AUGGGGAAUAAUCAAGAUGAAUCCUCUGCCAUCUCUUCCCUCGGUGGUCUAGCACUCAACGAUCUCAUCGGAAGUGAGCUUGAAGGUUACGACCCCAGCUACCUCAAAGCUUUUGGCUUAGGUGGCUCUUCUAAAAUUUCAAAGGAUCAAAUUGAAAAUGAUGAUCUAUUCGGUGAUGACGCUGAAGACGCAGACGAUGCAGGUAACGAUGAACAAAUUGAUGCAAACGUCGGUGAUGACUUGGAGGAUGAUAUGGAUGAGGAUCUUCCUGAUGAAGUCAUUCAUCCCAGCCAACUAAAAGCUAGAGGCGAAGACGACGACUACGACGACGACUUCGACGCCAUUGAUGAACAGCCAUAUCAUCCAGAUGAGGACGUCGACGCUGAUGACGACGCCGAUGAUGACGUUGAUGACGGUGUUGAUCGCGAUAUCGACGUCGAUGUCGAUCCCGAUGCACAACAACCUACGACCCAACAAGAUGCCAAAAUGAUCGACGUCAAAGAAAUCUUCCCUGCAUUCGACGCUGAAAAGGUACUCAACUUUACUCACCUAUUCUCCAAUCGUGGGCAAAAGAGACGCAAAAUGAACUCAAAUCGUAAAUCUAUCCAGCCACCUAGCAUACACGUACAUUUCCAACAAGCUCCGUCUACUAAAGAUCUCUUCAACCGCGCUUUACCACCAACAGCACCAAAACCAACGCAUCUCGACCACCUUGUCAGUAGAGUUUGGAGUCCUAAUACCCACCGCGACUCUGAGAGCAAGCAUAAAGAGACACCUGAUCAUGUCAACGAUACAAAGGAGCUCAGCUUGGUCGAUCUUGCUGACUGGGAGGAUAAUAUUAAGUGGAGUGCGGGACCUCCAGUUCCCCCACAUAUCAAAAAUGGUAUUCCGAUGAUUGCGACUCUACCACCAAACGGAUCACUGAUGAACCAAGACUGGACACAAUCUAUCAUAUUCAAUGAGAAGAUGAAACCACAAGACUCUUUCGUAAAGCUCACACUCGACAUGAAUGAUCCUUCUCUCAUGUUUGAAGAGUUAGAUGAAGAUACAGAGCAACAAAAUGCAAAUGCAAUAACAUCUACAUCAGCUGAUCCAUUCAACCUCUCCAAUGACCAUCUUUACGAGCAGUCAGUUACAGCACCUAAGCACAGAAUCAGACAGACUUUCUCUCAGAUAGACGUCCAGCAUGCAUACCCAGCCCUCAAGCUGCAACUGCCAUUCUACAAGACACGUUUAAGCAAGAAUGAAGCACGCAGUUUCCAUCGUCCUACUCUCAUGUUCCCAAUCAACGUCGAGCAGCGUUUCUCCAAGGUGCGUAGCAACAAAAAGAAGAAGGACAAAGAGAAGCGACGCGCAGCCAAGGUAGAUGGUGGAGCUGAGUUGUUGCACACGACGAAAGACCUCACGCUCAAAGAUGGUAGUAACUACGCAUUAUGGGAGUAUUCCGAGGAGUAUCCAUCAAUCAUGUCCAACUUUGGUAUGGGCAGUGUGCUCGUCAACUACUACCGCAAAAAAGACCAGCACGACGACCAUGUGCCUAAGUCUGACUUUGGUGAGCCGUUCGUGCUCGACGUUGCGGAUGAGUCUCCAUUCAUGAAGCUUGGUUUUGUAGACUCGGGUCAGACAAUUCCUACGCUGUACAAUAACCUAAUCAGAGCUCCCCUUUUCAGGCACCAGCCAAACCACACCGAUUUCCUCGUGAUCAGGUCCACAUCCAAGAACGAGACGUGCUACUUUAUACGCGAAAUCAAGAACGUCUUUCUCGUUGGGCAGACGUACCCCGUUACUGCAGUGCCUGGGCCGCACUCGCGUAUGAUCACCAACACCACCAAGUAUAGACUGCAGGCUAUUGCAUACAAGCUGUUAAAGCGCACAAAGGGCGAGAGACUGAUUCUCGACCGAUUGUGGAAAUACUUUCAGGACCAAAACGAGAUGCAGAUGCGUCAGCGUCUGAAAGAAUUCAUGGAAUACAACCGUAAGGGUGAGCACGCUGGUUUCUGGCGUCUCAAGCCAACGGCCAAGAUACCGGAGAAUGAAGAGAUCUUGAAACUCGUAAGUCCAGAGUACGUGGCUUUGUGUGAGGCUAUGCAAGUCGGUCAACGUCGCUUGCUCGAUGCUGGUUAUGGUAAUGUCGAGGAUGAGAAUCAGGACACGACGGCAGGUGAUGAGACCAAGUUAUCAAUCGAGCAGCAACUCGCACCGUGGAUUACUACCAAGAACUUCGUCAAUGCCACCCAGUCGAAAGCUAUGCUUAAGCUAUAUGGAGAGGGUGAUCCGAGUGGGAGGGGUGAGGCAUUCUCAUUUAUCAGAGUGUCUAUGAAGGAUAUUUUUUUGAGAGCGGGUGAAGAUCCCGAGAAGGUCAGAGCCGAUAUUGAGAACAGGCCGAAACACGCACAUAGAUAUACUGUCGCUGAGCAGCAGAAAGUUUACAAGGAGGAGAUAGCCAGAAUUUGGAAAGCUCAAUUCAAGGCGCUUUCUAACCCAGUUGCACCAAAGCUCGACAGGAGGGAUGAGGAGGCAUUCGCCAGUCACCAGCGUGCGCAGAAGGAAGCAGACGAAGAGAAAGAGAAGGCCAAGUCGCAGCAUGGCUCUAAAGUGCUCAAAGUAAGAAGAUUGAUCAACGGCAGCUGGCAGACAGAAAUAGUUGAGGACUCGGCAGUAAUAAGUGCAUACGUACGUAAGAGACAAAUCAUCGAAGAUCAAUCACUCGACGUCGAUAAGAUUGAGCCAACGGGAGAUGAAGAGUUAGACAAGCGUCGCGCCAAGAUGAUUGAGGAAAAGAUCAAUCUGAUGCGUCGCAACCAAGAGCGUAGACUGCAGCGCAAGAACCAGCAGCUUACGUCAGCCGGUGGAGAGCCACUGCAGAUGAAGACAACGACUAAAUCAGACACGACGCGUAAAUGUGGAAACUGUGGACAAAUAGGACACAUGAAAACAAACAGAAAAUGUCCACUGUGGGCUCAAUUCCACGGUCCUAAUGCUCAGCCAUCACCUAGUGCAGCUGCACAGUUACCAACACCUACAGUAGCUGCAACACCAGGAUUCGCGAGUGGUCUGCCAUCUACACUUGAUGCUAAUAAUGUUGGUGGGUUGGGUACUCCCCAAGCUCAAGGGCAAGGACAAGCGCAAAUGCAAUCGCAGGCAGGAACGCCUGGCACUUCACAGCCUGGUACUCCAACCAAUGCUGCGUCUGCGUCUGCAUCUAAAGUAAAGAUCAACGUUGGUAACAAAUCAUCACCUCAAGCUUCAGCAGUACCGCAACUACCACCGCAAUUCUUACAGCCUCAGCAAAUUAUACAGGCUCAACAAGCUCAACAGGCCCAGCAAGCUCAGCAAUUUGCUCAACAACUUGCUUCGCAGCAGCACGAUCAGCACCAAUUUGCUCAAUUCCCGUUCCACAUGCCUGAUCAAGACGAGCAGUAG